UACUAAGUAAAGAUCUAUCUUUAAAACGAAGAUUCUUGUUGAGUUUAUGGUCGGCAUAUAAUAAUUAAUAUUUUAUAACACGUGAGGUUGUGAUUGUUCGAAUUUUUUAUUUAAAAAAAUGGCUUUACACGUACCAAAAGCACCGGGCGUUGCCCAAAUGUUAAAAGAUGGGGCUCGUUACUUUUCUGGAUUGGAAGAAGCAGUAUAUAGAAACAUAUCUGCUUGCAAACAGUUUGCACAAUCGGUGAGAACUGCAUAUGGUCCAAAUGGGAUGAAUAAAAUGAUUAUUAAUCACAUUGAAAAAUUAUUUGUUACCAAUGAUGCUGCAACUAUUAUAAAUGAAUUAGAAGUUGAACAUCCAGCAGCAAAAUUGCUGGUACUUGCAUCAAAAAUGCAAGAAGCAGAAGCUGGAGAUGGAACUAAUUUUGUUAUUAUUUUUGCUGGAGCUUUACUUGAAGCUGCGGAAGAGCUUCUUCGCUUGGGUAUAACCACAUCUGAAAUAGUUGAAGGUUACGAAGGAACAUUAGAAAAAGCAUUGGAAAUUCUUCCUACUUUUGUUGUUCAUGAAAUAAAAGAUUAUCGAAAUGAAGAAGAAAUGAAAGCUGGAAUUAAAACAUCUAUAAUGAGUAAACAAUAUGGAAAUGAAGAGAUUCUGGCAUCUUUCGUUAGCAGAGCAUGCGUAUCUAUUUUACCUGAGAAAACUACAUUUAACGUAGACAAUGUACGUGUUUGUAAAAUACUUGGAGGUGGCUUAACAUCCUCUCAAGUAGUAAAUGGAAUGGUAUUUAAACGUCAAGUAGAAGGUGAUAUAACAAAACAAUCCAAUGCUAAAAUAGCUAUUUAUACUUGUCCCGUUGAUAUCAGUCAAACUGAAACUAAAGGAACGGUAUUAAUAAAGACAGCAGAUGAGCUGAUGCAAUUUUCACGUGGAGAGGAAUCUCUAUUAGAGACACAAAUAAAAGCAAUAGCAGCCUCUGGAGCUACAGUUGUAGUAUCAGGUGGAAAGUUUGGCGAUAUGGCUUUACAUUAUAUGACAAAGUACAAUUUAAUGGCUGUACGGAUACCAAGUAAAUUUGACAUAAGACGGUUAUCCAAAACUGUAGGAGCCACGGCUCUUUCAAAAUUAGUUGCGCCAUCGAAAGAAGAAUUGGGAUAUGCAGAUUCUGUUUAUGUCGAUGAAUUAGGAGACACUAUAGUAGUGAUCUUUAGAUUGGAUGGAAAUGAUAGUCGCGUUAGCACUAUACUUGUUAGAGGAUCUACAGAAAAUUAUAUGGAUGAUAUUGAAAGAGCAAUAGAUGAUGGCGUCAAUACAUUUAAAGGAAUUACAAGGGAUGGUAGAUUUCUUCCUGGUGCUGGAGCUACAGAAAUUGAGUUAGCUGCACAGCUUGCUGCUUACGCCGACACUUUACCAGGAUUAACGCAAUACGCGGCACAUAGAUUUGCUACAGCUUUGGAAGUUUUUCCAAAAACUUUAGCAGAGAAUAGUGGUAAUCAUGCAUCCGAAUUACUCUCCAAAUUGUAUGCAGCGCAUAAGGAGGGUAAAAAAACUUAUGGAUUUGAUAUUGAGGCUGAAGGAACUGCUCUUAUAGAUACAGUUCAGGCAGGAAUCUUAGAUCUAUUCCUUACCAAGCAAUGGGCUCUUAAGUAUGCAGUAGAAGUUGCUUGUACUGUACUUAAAGUUGAUCAAAUUAUUAUGGCAAAACGUGCUGGAGGUCCAAAAGCACCAGGUGGUGGAGCUCGUGAUGACGAAGAGUAAUAAUUGGUAUUAAAUUUAAUUAACAUCUUAUGUUGUCAAUUCACAGAUGUAUUUUAGGAUAAAUUUAUGGUAAAGUAAAACAUUUACAAAUAUAAAACCGU